AAGCCUCUAAGAGCCGCCUGAAAGACCGUUUAUCCACGAGAAGCCUUGUGACAAAUAGGCGAGAAGAGACAUAAGAGAGAUUUAUUUAUCUUGGGAUCCAAAAUGUCAUAUUAUUAUCCAUAUGUCACGUGAGAGGAGCGUGCGUACUGGAAGUAAUGGAGGAGCCAGACGUAGAUCCUAUGGCGGCGUCCCUCAACGUUCCAACGGCGAAUCUAUAGAGGUCGCUUUGUUCGUACAGUCAGUCAGCGCGCGGCAUCCGAACGAGACGUCUCGUGUUGUGGCGACGUCGGCCGUUAGAACAAGAGACUAAGUAUCGUUAGAUUUAUCAAAAAUUCAUGGGUGUGACCAUGGAAAGAUAAAAUACCAGAAAAGAAAUAAGUGUCGACGUUCAGUUAAACAGUGUAGUAAAGAAAGCGUUGUGGAAGUGAUAAUUAAAUUAUUCAAAUGAUAAAUAAUCUGGAUGAUCGUGUCGUUCAGUUAACCCAGAACAUUGUGUACAGUGACUAACGACAAGUUUAUUGAAGUCAAUAAAAUAAGUGUCAAGGAGGGAGUUUUAAUAAUGAUUAUAAAAGAAAUCGAGUAACAAAUCGACCGUAUUAAUUGACGUAAAAUAACAGGAAGAAAAAACAAAGAAAUCGAUUCGAUCAUUGACUGUUGGAAUUAUGCUGUACGAUAUUUGUGCUCGUAAAUCAUAUCGACCUUUGGGCGAAUUUUCAAUUGACCUCGUUUACUGUCCCAUUACGUUAACGAUUCUAUAAAAAUUGACGUUACUAUCGGUUCAACGGAUUUCAGUCGGUAUUUCUUACUGUACUGUUGUCAUAGCAUCUGUAUAUAGUUUGUACACGGCUAUUAUCUACUGAUCUAUAUUCCAGUCGAUCGUUGUUUGGAAAAGAUUAAAAUGCAGAAUGCGCGACUGCGGUCGUCGCUUCCUAUUGGAACGGGAACGGCUGUGCUUAAAUGUGAAAGGAACUUUUACGACGGACUGAUCGUUCGCGAUAUCGAUAACGGUGAGCAGACCUUAAAUACACCAAAACGAUCGAUGCAACGAUAGAGGAGAGAUAAUAACAUAUACUGUUAGUGGUAAUUAAGAAAUGGAGUUGAGUGUUUAAAUGUGAAUAAGAAAACAGGGUGAAUAAGUGUGUCGAAGAAAUACAAAGAGAGACAGAGACAGAGGAAGGAGAAAGAGAGAAGAGAGAGAGAGAGAGAGAGAGAGAGAGAGAAAAGGCUAAACAAUGGUCUAGCGGUCGCCGGUGCGGAGCGUUUCCAACGCCAGCGCGGGGCUGAUGCGCGCGAGAGAGAGGGCAGAGGAGACUAGAUACAAGAUGGAAAGGAUGGGUGGGGAUUUUCCAAAACGCGAAUGGAGCCAGCGACUCAGCUUACGGGGCAGCCGGAGAAGUCAUCAGGGUGAACUUCAGGGCUCCAUGGGGUCCAGGACGAUCAGCGGUUCCGUUAAGAGUAGCAGAAGAUGGGCCAGUCUACGACAGCACGUGGCCCACGGUUCGUCCCUUGACGGUAGUAAGCCCGUGGUGGAGCUGCUGCUGGACCCACCGAACUCGAGGCCCGGAACCCCUGGAUCGCAACCCCACUCGCCGAACACCCCCAGGACGCCGCACACGCCCGUUAAAAAAUCCAACUGGGAAGUCAUCGAGCACUUCACCGGUGCUCCCCGGCCCUCGAUUGUCACGAUGGGACGAGGAUCGGAAGUGGGCAUAGGAGCUACGACCGGAAGGGAAGUCAUAGUGGAAGCCGCCCUGAAUUCACGGGUUACCGAGAAUCCUCCGAGAUGCGCGCUGAGCAGGUUUCUCAGCGCGCUCUGCGCAUCUCAUCGCUUUAAAAAUCUUCAGGUGGAGAUGCUCUAUCAGCGUUACUUCCUACGUAUGAAUCAGAGCAACAUGACCCACGUGCUUGGCCUUCUGACCGGGCUCGCUGUUGCCCUGGGAUUCCUGCUCACCCUGAGACUGAUCUUCACCGGCAGCCAAUCGUUUCUCAGUCUCAUACAGAGGGCCGAAAAUCUUACGCUUGCCAUCACCGUUAUAGGCUGUAUAGCUAUAUAUGCCGGCUUAGUCGCGGCAAUCUCAAGACCCGGCAUGAACGAAGUAUGGCUGGCGGGUGUCAGUUGCGCCGUGUUGGUGACGCUGCUGGCGCUACAGAUCAUCCUCAGCAUCCAUCUGGCCUACAUUCAGGAAAGCGACGAGGAAAGUCUGCAGAACGUUCGGCUGCGCACCGGUGGCCCCUUGGCGGCGGCCUGGGCCGUUUGCUUCUUCAUUUACAUGGCGUACGCGCUGCUGCCGAUCAGACUGCGUCACGCCUGCGUCGCCGGAAUUAUCUUCUCGAUCUCUCACCUGGUGGGGGCGCUUUUGCUCUACCCCCAGGACUACCCUGUCCUCUUGGCGCACCUCCUAAGCUCGAUGGUCGUAGUCGGAGGUACGAACGUCGCUGGCGCCUUGACGCAUCAUCCGCGAGAAUUAGCCCAGCGACAGGCGUUUCUAGAGACGCGUCAAUGCGUCGAGGCGCGACUGACAACGCAGCGAGAGAAUCAGCAGCAGGAGCGACUCUUACUGAGCGUCUUGCCGCGCCACGUGGCCAUGGAAAUGAAGGCAGACAUUGCCGGCAAGCCGAAAGACACCAUGUUUCAUAAGAUCUACAUACAGAGGCACGAGAACGUCAGCAUCCUGUUUGCCGAUAUAUGCGGCUUCACUUCUCUGUCCGAUCAGUGCACUGCCGAAGAAUUGGUCAGACUCCUCAACGAACUUUUUGCCAGAUUCGAUCGACUCGCCUCGGAACAUCAUUGUCUACGGAUCAAACUUCUCGGUGAUUGUUACUACUGCGUUUCCGGGCUACCUGAACCCAGACCAGAUCAUGCUCAUUGCUGCGUGGAAAUGGGAUUGGACAUGAUCGAUGCUAUAACACUUGUCAGAGAAGUAAUGGCGGUCGACGUAAACAUGCGUGUCGGUAUACAUACCGGCAGAGUCCACUGUGGCGUCCUCGGUCUAAGAAAGUGGCAGUUUGACGUCUGGAGCAAUGACGUCACCUUGGCUAACUACAUGGAAAGCGGCGGCAUACCUGGGCGCGUCCACAUCACCAAGGACACCCUGGCUUGUCUCGACGGUGACUACGAGGUGGAGGAGGGUCACGGGGGAGACCGUAAUUCUUACCUGCGGGAACACAAUAUCCAAACGUAUCUUAUUGUCCCUGGAGAUACUUUCCGGGACACUACUACUUCGGGAUUGAGAAAAGCAUAUCCUGUCAAUGGUAACGUCUCCAAGGAGAUGAGGGUGAUGGGCCACGGUUCUCAGCAUGGUAAACAAUCAAAAUUGGGAUUUGGCGAGACUGUCGAGUGCGAGAAGGAUCCCGAAGACGAGGUCAAUGAAUACCUUAUGAGAGCCAUCGACGCCAGGAGUAUUGACCGACUUAGAGCUGAACACUGCACCCCUUUUAUUUUGACUUUUAGACGACCUGACAUUGAGGACAAGUAUUCUCGUGAACGGGACCGGAUGCUGUCUGCUUAUUUUGUGUGUUCCGGUUUUGUCUCCGUGAUCAUCGUCAUCGCCAUUGCGAUAACUCUUCCAGGUACGGUCUACUUUUACGCCUGCACUGCAGUCAACAUCCUGAUAAUCACCCUGGUCAAUGGAAUUUUAUUGGCUGAGAAGAACGAGGCGGUACCACAAUGGGUGCGAAGCAUGUCGCUUCAGAUUUUCGAAAAUCGAAUAGUCGCUCAAAGCAUAGCGUCGACCAUCGUUUUCUUAACGUUCAUCACAGUGCUUUCACCACUGGUCACUCUAGAAGGAAGCGACGCCUGUACCAAUAACACUUUACUAUCCUCCACGGAAAGUCUGGACAAUUACACGGUUACGGUAGAAAGUAUAGAUGGCAGCACUGGCGUGUGCUACUAUAUAUUGUUCUUGGACCUGUUCCCAGUGCUGGUGAUGCUGGUGAUGGUAAACUGCGCCGUUUACCAGAUACUAACCUCAGUCUUCAAGGUUGCCGUUCUGAGUGUAGUGGUCGCCUGUUACCUGAGUGUCAGCAUCUAUCAGGCUUUGAACGAAGAGGACGACAUAGAGCCAGUAGGUCGUUGGUUAUCCGGAGUCCUGGUGGUAUUCUUCAUGGCAUUUUUAGUAGCUCAUUCCCAGCACACGGAAGCCACCUACAGGUUGGACUUCCUGUGGAAGCUUCAGGCAACGGAGGAAAAAGAAGAGAUGGAGCACCUAAAGGCCUAUAAUCAAAAAUUAUUGGCUAAUAUACUUCCGGAACACGUGGCAGCCCAUUUUCUCUCGACAGUCAAUUCCGACGAACUCUAUCACGAACAGUGUGAUUUCGUCUGCAUAAUGUUCGCGUCAAUCCCGAACUUCUCCGAGUUCUACAUCGAGCUGGAGGCGAACAACGAGGGCGUCGAGUGUCUCAGACUCCUGAACGAGAUUAUCGCGGAUUUCGAUGAGCUCCUGGCCGAAGAGCGGUUCAAGUAUAUCGAGAAGAUCAAGAGCACGGGAGCAACGUAUAUGGCAGCAUCCGGUCUCACCAGGAACACCUGCGACAUGAAGGACUUCAAGCACGUCACGGCUAUGGCUGAUUACGCACUUAGAAUUCGCGAGCAAUUGGCCUACGUGAACGAACACAGUUUCAAUAAUUUUCGCAUGCGAGUUGGCAUCAAUAUAGGGCCAGUGGUGGCGGGGGUUAUAGGCGCCAGGAAGCCGCAGUACGAUAUCUGGGGAAACGCGGUGAACGUAGCUUCUAGGAUGGAUUCCACAGGAGUCCUAGAUGGGAUCCAGGUGACAAAGGAGGUCUGCGAUAUUCUAAAUGCGAGAGGAUAUCCCUUAACCUGCCGAGGACCUAUUCAGGUGAAGGGUAAGGGUAGUAUGGUUACCUACUUUCUGGACGGGCCACGGGAUCCAUCAAAGGCUGAGGAUUCUGCUACAGCUGGCAAGAACAGUACGAACAACAAUACAAACGUAAUCGAUAAAGUCUCGCCGAGCAAUGGCAUAUCCCUUUGAAUUCGAAUGUCCUAAUCAAUCAACGAUUUUUACUAACAUCCAAUGUAUAAUCGUAUCUUAUAUGCUAUAACGUAGCACAUAACGUAAUUUGGCGAUGUUUAGUUACGGUACUAAUGGAAUCUGCACUACCGGCCGAGCGAGAAGAGUAGUGCGCUUCAUUAGUCAUUACUGUACUCUACUUUACCGGCCACCGUGUCGAUAACACAGAAAUUCUGGUGAAUACAUGGGCAACGGAUGGUCUAAUGGCAAUUUAGAACCUUUCAAGAGAUUCCAGGACAUUGAAUUUCUAGAAUUAAUGUCAUACAAACUUUUACUGAAUGCUUAAUGUACGAUCAAUGCUUAACUAUGAAACAAGCUUGGGUCACUGUGGUAACAGUUUCGCAAUGUUAGCGGGUUCUCUCUUCAAACACAUAGAGCAGCGGUUGCUCCCGGAGGGUCCGAUCGGUGUCCUGGGAGUUCCGUUAAAUUUGCGUAUGGUCAGGGAAACGAAAUAAAUGCUCCAGGAAGUUCUGAAUGGUUUUCGUGCGCUCGUUCGUGUUAACCAUUUUUUUUCUCGGCCGGGAAAGACGAACCUCCUAUCUUUUAUCCGUCAUCUUCACGCAUGAGCGUCUCCUCGACAGAAAUAUUCUUAUACUUUAGGAACUAGAUAAGUAAAUUUCGAAUAGUCUGUAAGAGCUCAAGGGAUCCUUCCACGUGUAGUUGUCACGCGCUCUUUAUUAUAUAGUAUGUACUUAGAAUGAUCGUGCGAAUUAUAAUUAUAUAAAUAAUAUUAUAGUGACUGCCGUUGUCAUAGGAUUUAUUAUGAAUGACCGUGAUAAUUUUUACUAUACUUUUCUUGUUUCCUUUAUUUUAGGUAAAAAUAGUUGUAUAAUUAAUAAGGAAAAUGCGAAUGACGAUUGUUUCAUCGAUAUAUAUAUAUAUUUUUUAUUCAAUGAUGUGCACUCAUUUAGUUAGAGCGUGCGUGAGAGCUGUUGGAAUGAUUUUUCAAAUUUUGAAUAUUUUUUUAAAAAAUGACAUUCCAUUAGGUUUUUACGAUUCUCUAGUACGAAUACAAUAAGGAAAUCGCUAAGAUGUACCAAAUAUUAUAUUACUGAAGCGCGCCUGGUGCGUCAUGUAAAUGCAUAUUUUUAGAGAGAGAUCAAUGGGGUUCAGACAUGGAUUCACUUUUUCUUCGAACUCGCGCCUUAUCAUAAAUAUUUAUUAUGUUUGCGUGCCAAAUUCGCGAGAUCGUUGUUCUCCCUUCUCGAAUCUCUACCUUACCGACUGACAAUUCAGUGAGCAACCGCACAAGAAUCAGAAAAAGUAAAGUCAUACUAUAACAGUAAUUCUAUUUUCAAUCGCUCAGGACGAUCUUACAGUAACCUAUUACAUAUUAUUUUUUCAUACUUCUUUUUCCAAAUUCUGAUAAAUCGCUUUGCCUGAUGCGCCGCACGAACUCCUACGAUUCUCUCCGAACUAAUUCUAGUCAAUAUAAGAAAUGCGUAAAGUCAAAAAACAGAGUGAAACUGACGAGAUGGACGAAGUAUCGGAAGACUUUAAAGGGUUGAUAUGUAAGACCAAAAAAAAACAAAGAAAUGGUUACAAGUUACAAUACAACGAAACCGUGAGAAAAGAGAUGGAUCAAAAAUCGUAACGAGGAGGAGUGCGAUUAACGAUGUGAAUGAUAAAGAGGAAAGUUAAAAGAAGAUUCUAUAAAAAUACACGAUGGCGGAUGCACGCUUACGAACGGUUCAGAAAGAAAGGGACCACGGAGUGUUAAUAUAUAUUAAGUUAUUUGAUAAGAGACAAAAUUUAAAGUGAGGCAUAACAAGACGCAUAGUUCAUCCUUGGCUGUAACAAAGGUAUAUAGGUAUAUAUAUAUAUAUAUACACAUAUACAUAUAAAGAAAGUGAAAGUGAAGAAGAUAACAAAAGAGAUAGUGAAAACAAAUUGUGUAUACGGUAUAAGGAAUGAUACAGGUGUGUAACAUGUGCUAUGAAUUAUAAUAGCUAAAUUAUUUUAUAGGUAGCGUUAUUUAUUAAUACGUACACAGGAUGCGUAUUAUUAUUAUACUAUAGAUAGAUUGAUAAUUAAAGAGACAUCUAGCUAAUGUAAAAUAAUCCAGGAGCAUGCGAGUAUGCCUGCAAUAACGAAUAUUUAAAAAAAUUAUUUAAAAAAGGCACAUACUGUACGUACCUUCGUAAACGUUGUCUCUGCGUUUCGAUGUUCUUUCUGGCAGGUCCAUUGUCUAUACGUAAAUAUACUAUAGAUAUAACUGUAUACUAAGUUGAAUGAUACGAUUUGAAAAAUCGAGCCAUGCGGAACGUCGUACUCCAGCAUUUCCAAAAUCGUAACAUCCUCCCAGGCAAAUAAUUUAAGCACAAAGGAAUUUGGAUGCAGUGAGUGACAAAGAAGAUCCUUGUACUAUAGAAUGUACCGUGUGAAUACAUACUAAUUAUAAUUAGUCUCAGUCAAUUUAAUUCCACUUAUGCAAAGCGUCAGUAAUCAUUCCUGGACAGGGGCAAUGACAAUUUUUAAUAGACAUAAAUUGAUUUCAUGAGGAAAUUACGAGAGUUUGGGAAUAUUGGAUGAAUUGUUCGAUUAGUGGUUGAUUCUGAAAGAAAAAAAAUAAAUUGGUUAGACAUUUGUCUUAUCUCGAUGUAAUCGGUCAGUUCUGAGAUGAAUUACAGGAACUUGAACUUGAUUGCUGAAAUCACAUGGUUCGAGGUCACUUGAUUGUCACACAUAAUGUUAAAUUAUGCUUCGAAACUAAUGCCGAAUAAAUAACACGCGUGAUUAAUAUCAUAUCACCAGACAAAUCAUGUAGAGUCAAAUAUGUCAAGUCAUUUCCAUUAAUAUACCGAAGAUACUUAUUAAUGCGUUUUGCGAGAAGUUCUCAGAUCGAUAGUCAAUAUAAUAAGGAGCGGAUGAGUAUUGAGUAUGUGUAUCGAUUAGUCGUAACAAUUGAUCGUAAACGCAGUUAUGAAAGGAGAAAAGAAAAUAUUCUAUGUAUCUUUAUUGGCCUAAACCGAAUCUGUAUUGAACACACAUACCUACUAUACAAUGCGAUUCCAGGACAAACAUUUUCUCAUUAAAUAUACGAAAUACAAUUUUUAUUAAAAAAAAAGGAA